AUGCCUUCCUCGAUCACACUUACCGUCAGCCACCUCCCAACGUCCACUUCGUUCUUCCUCUCCGCGCUCCAACCCCUAGGCUACGUCUUCCGGGGCCGACAGGAACACACAAUUGGUUUCGGUCCGGAAUAUCCACCUAACACGCCCGCAGACUUCUGGAUUACGCAGGAGAUCCCGGGUGUGCCGGCUGGUGCCGCUCAUGUGGCUUUCCCCGCCGCCUCGCGAGCCGAUGUUCAAGAAUUCUUCGUCGCUGCCCUAAAAGCUGGGGGGAAAAUCCAUGGCGAGCCAUGUCAGCGGGAUAGUACGGGGUACUAUUCAGCGGCCGUGAUUGACUUUGACGGCAACUCGAUUGAGGCGGUCUACAGGCCGGGACCGAUAGGUGAAGCAAACAAGGAGAAUGUCGACGGCAGGAGUAUGGUGUCCCAUCGAACCGGAAGUGUCAAAGCACCUUCAACUGCAGCACCGGCCAAAAGCGUCGUCUCCCAAGCAAGAAGCAAAGCGCCCACUACAGCUGCACCAGCCCAAAGUGUCGUCUCUCAAGCGAAGAGCCAAGCGGCAUCUCAGAUGUCGGCAGCAUCGACAAAAACACCCGAACAGACGCAGCCACAGCCAAAACCCUCAGGCGAUGUUCUCAAUACGUUGAUCAACGAAGCCCGCAGCGCAGCCAACGUGGCACGCGACCUUGUCAGCAGUUUCAAAGGCAAUGUUUCGUCGCCGCCAUCAGUACCUACCAACACGGCAACAGGUGGUGGAAGCGGAGCGGGUGAAGCCAUCGUCGGUACCCUUCUCGGUGUGGCCGCCGGUGCAGCCUUGCACUAUGCUUUUAGCAACCGCUCAAAGGACACCUCCUCGGACGAUGAUCGUGACUCACAUAAAUUCCAACCCCGUCGCCCGUCCGUGGUUGGUCGAAGCGUGACUGAGCCCCCUGCUAUUCUGCGUCCCGUGUACUCCUCCGCGCCCUCCGACUACCACGCAGGUUACGUUGGAGGAGGCUUCCAGCGAGCCAUCGAACCCGCUCCCUCAGCAUUGACAUACUCAUCUCGCAACCACGACGAUCAGAAAUUAAUCACCAUGCAGGAUAACGAACCUAGUCCUCCUGCACCCACGGCAAUUACUCACCACAGUCACGCAUCCCCAAAGUCCGAUUACGCAAGUACAAUCCGACCCGCGUCAGUGACCCGGCGAAUGAGCCUGGACUCCGGCUUCGGCCCCGGUCCCCGUGAUAUCGAAGUCGCGUCGCACGCCUCCUCGAAAGCAUCCCGCCACUCAAAGAAGAGCGGUGCGCCACCGCCAACGAGCUACCGCGCCCCCACCGUGUUGACGGAAAAGAUAUCCAAAGUGUCCAGCGCAAAAGGUGACGGCAAUGAAGAUUCACGCUCCCGAGCAAGCAGUCUCACCCGCCUGGGCCGGAGUCUCUCCCAAGCAAGCCGCUCUCGAGCCGGCGGUAACACGCCGAGGUCAAGGUCUCAAUCUCGUCACAGCACACGCUCCCGCCGCGACGAUUUCGAAGCCGUCCAGGGCGAGGUCGAAGAGGCAGAAACCGUGCUCCACGUGGCAGGGUCGGUGCAUAAGAGCAGUACCGCCUCGAAACAUUCCCGUGCCCGGGAUCCAGCCGAGUACCCGCUCCCGCCGUCGAGGGCUGCCACGUGGACUGGUUCCGACGCGGGCAGGUCCUUCGUCUCUGCGAGGUCGAAUUUCGGACCCAACGGAAGAGUCGACGCCCCGAGGACAGUCAUUGGGAGAUUGAGGGGCGAACAGGUCGAGAAGGCCGACACGGCGAGCGUCGUGAGCAAGCAGAAGGAGUUGAAGGAUCUGGACGUCACGGACCGGGAGGUUGGCCCAGAGGAUAGCGUUAGCCAGAUCAGUGUCGAGUCAAGGAGGAGUCGGCGGAGCAAAGCAAGCACUAGGAGGUAG